GUAAAGAUGGCCUCCAAUGAGUGGUUCCAUAGCCAAUUAUAUCCCCUGAAAUUAAAAUGAGCAAAAAUAUAUAUCAUUUAUGUCAUAAACAUGUUUUAAAAACACACACAAAGGUUUAAAAUCAAAUGUCCUCAUUUAAUGUUACUCCAAAAUGAUUUCCUGACGGUAACCUCCAUUUCCUACUCACUGUCUGUUAAUAUGUUAUAAAGCAUUAUAUGGUCUUGGUAUUUAUUCAGUUUGUAAAAGUUUUAACUACAUUAAAUUGCAGUUUAGUCAGUAGUGAUACGUGGGUUUAUUUUAAUUAUUAUUAUUAAAUUGUCACAACAAUACAAUACAAUACGACGAGCCGUGAGAGAGCUUAGCAUCGUCCGAGCUAACAUCUCCAGUCAGAAUGCAUUGUCAGGCACUGAACUUCGAUGUAACAUCGUUUAAGCUAAGGCUAAACUCUCCUCUGCUUUCGUGGAUUUAUCGUGGCACAGUUGACAAUGAAUGCUAUGUGCAUGCGUUAGUGGGAGGGAUUAUCCACCAAGUAGGGCAAGUGGCUGAGACUGAGGACUGCAAUUCCAUCCUGCCUGCUUCAUUUCAGUCUCAUCUCCCCGUCGAGUGCACGCAAAGGGACGAAGCCAACGAAACACAGCAGCGAAAGCAGAAAAGGGGCUAAAAUGGUCAAAUACAUGCGACAGCACAGCGAGCUGCUGAAACCAGAGGAGGUCCUGUCGGAAUCGGACGCGUCCAUGGACCAGCAGGAUUUCACAGAGAUGUCCGACUAUUCUUUCAGCGACGUUUUAUACUCUAAAUGUUCUGCAAUGGACCAAAUCGACACUUUUAUGAAGAAUGUACAAGUGCUGCUCGAUGCGGCGCAUUACAUAGAAAAUGUGGAGAAGAACAGUGGAAAAUACGAGCAUGGGUACGCCUCAUUAUAUCCUGAAUCCCAGCCUUCACAUCAACAGAAGCAGCGUAAAUUCAAAAACAGGAAACAGGACCAUAUUCACAAUAGGUCAGCACAUAAUGAACUGGAAAAAAAUAGACGAGCACAUCUGCGCCUUUGUCUGGAGAAGUUGAAGUCUCUCAUCCCUCUGGGACCAGACUGCAGUCGGCACACCACGCUGGGGUUGCUCAACAAGGCCAAAGCACAUAUAAAGAAACUUGAAGAGACUGACCGGAGGAGUCAGCACCAGCUGGAGACCUUGGAGAGAGAGCAGAGGCAUCUGCAGAGGCAGCUCGCCCAGCUGCAGACUCACGGAGAUAGGGAGCGGGUCCGUACAACCAGCCUGGGCUCCAGGGUGGACUCGGAGCGCUCGGAGUCUGACCGAGAGGAACUUGAAGUUGACGUUGAAAGCACUGAGUUCUCCCAUGGAGAAAUGGACAGUAUAAGUACCAGCGGUGCUAGUGACCUGGACGACCACAGCAGCCAGCAGAGCACGGCCAGCGACGAGGGCUACUCCACGUGCAGUCUAAAACUGUCCUUCUCCGCCUGAGACACCAGCCUUCACACCUUCACCUCUGCUGCAGUCUCUAGGACUCCCAGAUACCAGCUUACAGCUCGACACAUUCUAAUUUGCAGCUUUAGGUUAGGUGACAUCAGAGGAACACAUCAAAGAAAGACUCCUCCGUCCAAAUAACCCAGCCUUAACUCCAGCUCUCUCUCCCAAUGUUUCAAAUAGUCUCCUCCUGCCAAAACGUUGACUUCUUUAACUCCAGACUCAAAUUGACCCAACAGUGACCCCUGUCUCCAAAGAUGACUUAGAAAAGUCACCUGAUUUUCCCUUUAUGCCCAGCCAGCUAAAAAGGAUCCACAAUCGCACCAGUGUCAAACUUCCUUUAUUCGAGCUGAACAUCAGAAACCAGCAAGUACAAAAACCAAACCAGCUAGGAACUCAUUUUGGGGAAGUUUGGGCCAUUUGCCUUGUUAAAAAAAAAAGGAAAAAAAAGCCCCUUUUGUUGGAUGAUAACAUCCACGUGGCACUUCUCGACAGUGAACAAGCUAGAGGCAAGGGCUACACUGUCUGCAUUCCAAAAUCGCUGAAUACCGUCUGCUUCACAGCCCACCACUAUCACUGAUCCAUGUGGUAUCUCCUCACGACUGAAGCAGGCGGAAAUCCAAACAGGUGGCGCGGCCCACCUUAGUUGUUUUAAUUUAUUUUGCAUACAAUUAUAGUAUUUAUUUUUGGUAUAUUUAAUUCUACUUCUAGCUAGGAGAUAGUCACGCUUGAAUAAUAAUAAUAAAUAUGUACUGUUCAAAUAACCGUUCUUAGUUUUUUAACAUUUACCAAAUGACUCGACAUGUAAUCAGUCCCGACUCAAGUGUUACGCAGUGCUGCGGGCUCAGUGUGAACUCAGCGGUGUUCUGUCAGAGGGAGGAACCGUUUCUGUCACACUGUGCAUUAAUGAGUGCUUUUCAGACAGUAAUAAGCUAACACACACACACACACACACACUCGUCCAAGCACAAGGCUCCGGCAAUAACACGUGUAGUUUGAAUUUUCUCUCACCCCACCGUCCCCCCGUGUUCGAUACCAAAUUAGCCGACUAGCUCCUCACCUGCUCCGGUAGUGGUAACAGUUAUGAAUAAUCAGCAGUAAGAAUGUAAUGAUUGUAAUUGAGAAAAGGAAGAAAAAAAACAAACAAAGAAAAGCUAUGGUGCAUGUGUAUUUGAAUGUAGCCGUGCUCAUGUUGUAAUUUGCUUUGGAUUGACUUAUAAAUAUAUAUGUAGUAUAACCAUAAACACUACAGAAGAUUUCUUUUUUUUUUUUAGUACAUCAAGUUUCUUACACUUGGAGCCACAUUGCUGACUUGUUCAAAUCACCAUCAGUCUUUCUGGUCCACGGUUCAAGACAGAUCGCCACCAAACUGUGUCUUAACCUGACUACGACUCUUGCACAAAGAUCCUCGUCACAGGUCUUUUUUUUCUACCCAACCUGAUUGGGAAAUUAUAAAUGCACUAUGAAAAAGACUUUUAACGAAGGGAAUUUAACUGCAGCACAUGCCAGAAUGUUCUCUCUUCUGCUUUAUCAGCCAUUCAAUGUGAUUUGUGUUGCAAGAAAAAGGAACAUGCACUACUGGUCUCUGCUAACACUGUAAUAGAUUCUGAUUAACCUGUUUCUGAAAUCCUAAUAAACCUCUUAAUAC